UAUUUCUAUUGUUUGGUUGAUGACCUGAGCUCAACAGGAGGAUUAACCCGUCCUCUACACCUCGCGGCUUCGUGCAGUGAUUCAUGGUUUUUCCCGGAUAAUUUCAGCACGUCACUGACUGAGUCCUUCCCACAAAGUUGGGAAACAGCGGAGCGUCCGUGAAAGCGACGGACACACGAGAGCCGCGUCUGGACGAUCAAUAAUGCUGAAGACACGAUGGAUCCCCUAGUUGACCUGAGAGUCCGCAUCUCUGCUCUCCCGCACCCAGCCCCUGGGCACCAGACUCUGCACCUUUCACCACCUCCAGAAAACAUCAGAGUUUUCACAUCUACACACAGGAGAAAAGUAAACCUUCCUGUGUAAAUAUGACUGGAUGGAGGUCACAGUGGCGUCUGGUCCUGCUGAACUCGCUGACGUGUGGUCUGGAGAUCUGCGUAGCAGCCGGCAUCACUUAUGUGCCACCGUUGUUACUGGAGGCCGGCGUUGAGGAACAGUACAUGACCAUGGUUUUAGGUAUUGGACCUGUUCUGGGACUUCUCUUCAUCCCUCUGAUUGGCUCAGCCAGUGAUCACUGCAACAGCAGCUAUGGCCGGCGGCGACCCUUCAUAUGGCUGCUGUCGUUGGGAGUUCUCCUCGCACUUCUCAUCAUACCACAUGCUGAUGUUUUGGCUGCCAACUUGAGCUGGGGCAGCACCCGCCGAAACCAGGCUCUCCAAGUGGGCCUGCUCAUCCUUGGCGUGGGCCUUUUGGACUUCUGUGGACAGGUGUGCUUUACACCACUGGAGGCGUUACUCUCGGACCUGUACCGCGAACGGGACGACUGCGGACAGGCUUUCGCCAUGUUCUCCUUUAUGGUUAGCCUUGGCGGUUGCGUGGGCUACUUGUUACCUGCCCUGGAUUGGAGUGGGGGGCUCCUGUCCUUCUACUUGGGUGGUCAGGCUGAGUGUUUGUUCUCCCUCCUCAUCCUCAUCUUCGUGGUCAGUGUGUUCGUCACCAUGAAAGUGUCCGAGGAACCUUCGUCCACUGUGGAACCGGGGCCGCUGGAGGCUGGACGGUGUUUUUCACGCUCUUGCUGCUAUGCGUUUCAGUGUAAGCUCCGGGCUCUGAAGUCCGGCCCACUCAUGUGCCUGCUGAGGACCUGCUGGUCUAUGACACCAGCCAUUUAUCGUAGCUACUGUCACGUGCCGCGUGUCAUGCGGCAGCUGUGUUUGGCGCAGCUCUGCAGCUGGAUGGGCGUCAUGUCCUUCAUGCUCUUCUACACUGAUUUUGUGGGUGAGGGGCUGUACGAGGGAGUUCCCAGCGCUGCUCCAGGUACCGCUCUCAGGAAACGCUAUGAUGAAGGUAUCCGUAUGGGCAGCCUGGGCCUGUUCCUGCAGUGUGCUACCUCUACCUUCUUCUCGCUGGUCAUGAGCAGGCUGGUGCGUGUCUUUGGCUCCAGGAUGGUCUAUCUGAGCAGCAUGAUCUGCUUCACCAUCUCUGCUCUGGUUAUCUGCUUGUCCAAGAGUGUCCUGCUGGUCACGGCGAUGUCGGGCCUCACUGGCUUUGCCUAUGCAACCCUGCAGACACUGCCUUACACUCUCACCUGCCACUACCACAAAGAGAAAGAGGUGUACAUGGAAAACAGCAAAACCAAAAAAACACAUACAAACGGAUUUACCAUCACAAGGGAUUCUGUCUAUCUGUCAUUAGACAACGGCUCUGGAGAUGUCAACCACAAGAGUGGCAUUUCCAAUGGGCACGCUCAUUACAAUAGUGAUAAACCAGAGUAUUACCCACCUCAGAACGAUGGCCGCCUUGAUGCGGAGUCUGAGGAUUUCGAGAAACGUGGGGUCGGAUUAGACUUCGCCAUUCUGGACAGCACCUUUCUUCUCUCUCAGGUCUUCCCCACCCUCUUCAUGGGCAUGAUCGUCCAAUUCACAGAGUCCGUCACCGCGUACAUCGCCUCCUCUGCCAUAUUUGGUGCCAUAGGCAUUUAUUUUGCCACCCACAUCAUCUUUGACCAAAAGGACCUCAGAAGCUGAAGAAGCAGCGAUCAUGUCUUGUUUGGUUUGAGGAUGAAUUAUGCUUUCUAUCUCUAUGGGACCAAUUGGACACAUCAAACUGUGUGAUGUAACUCCUGUUGUGUUUAAAAUACUUUUUUUGUAAAGAACUAUUUUAUUGUAUAUAAUUAUAUAUAUAUAUAUUUUAAUGAUAAUAUAUACAUGUAUUUAUAUCCCUAUGGGAGUUUUUAUGCAACCAGUUUUGGCGAGGUCUGUAUUUAUGUACUCUAACCUCGUUUGACUUGUUUGUCAAACAAAAGUGUCUUAAUUUUUUUUAAAAGCUGAAAUUUUGGUCAGUAAUCAAAACUAAUGACUCAGUCAUGUAUAAAAUCUCAAAAAGACAAUCUGGGAUAUUUUUCUACAAGUGACUUUACAUAGACCUAAGAUAGUGUUACAAACCAUCAUUAACAGUAUGAAAACAUCAUUUAUAUGGUGUUAAUAAGUUACAGUAUAGAUUAACUUUACAAAACUGUUCGUUUCAUGUCCUAUUUAAGUACUGCAUCUGUAAGUACAGCCGCUGUUGCUCAGAGAGUGUAUGUGGAGCUUUUAUUUUUUUAAGAGCGUUACGGGGCGUCACAUUGAGUAAGAUUCUCAGGAUGGACAUUUCGUCCAGUUGAAAUAUUCAUCUGUUCGAUCAAAGCACAAUGAACUAAUAAAAAAGGUACUGAUAUUUUACCUGCUGA